GUUACAAUAGGAAUACACAGUAAUUAGCAGAUGUACAAUUUAUGUCCUUGCGAUUUCAUUUGGUGCUAGAUUACCUUAUGUGGAUGCCUGCAUCCUACGUGAUAUAUUAUCGCCAUAUAACAUAUUGUCACUUGACGAACCAGGUGGACUGACCGAGCGUCAUUCAGGAGAAAACGUCAGUACAGAAACAGUUAAUCAACGAAUAGGACUUAAACAGAUGUCGAUGUACAUUGUACAAGAAUCACUUAGAAAAGCUCAAUGAAUUAUAAAUGGCAUGAAAUGGUUUAUAACAAUCCCGUAUCCAGUUAUCAGUGAGAUUACUGGUUUAAUUUUACUAUUAGUAAUAGGCAGAUAUUCUACUACACUUACAUAACUGGAUAAAAGGACCAUCAAGGAAAUGUGUUUUAAAAAUCGGAUUUUUCGGUUGUUUCUGUUCCUUCUGCUGGUGCUAGGGUACCUAUGUGUAGGAGCAAUGAUAUUUAUGGAGAUGGAGGGACCCAAAGAGAUACAAAUGAAACACGACCUCAGGGCGAUGCGCAGGGACUUCCUGCUCCAGAAAACAUGCAUCUCAGAUGCUGAGUUAGAAAAUUUCAUAGUUGAGGUCAUUGAAGCCAAUAAUCGCGGAGUGAGUGCUGUGGCCAAUGUCACUAAGGAUCCCAACUGGAGCUUCGGCCAGUCUCUCUUCUUCGCUUGCACCAUUCUCACCACUAUAGGUUACGGACACGUAACUCCAUUAUCCGAGGGUGGGAAGGUAUUCUGUAUCGUAUAUGCUGCAAUUGGGAUUCCGCUCACACUAAUCAUGUUAACAGCAAUCGUUGAACGCUGCAUGAUUGUCACAUCCAAACUCCUUGGUUGGUUGAAUCAGAGACUCGGUCACAGUCAUACCCAAUUCCAAAUAAGGCUUAUACAUCUCACAAUCAUCGCAUUCACCCUCAUCCUCUUCAUGUUCCUGGUACCAGCAGCAAUCCUCAUGACCUUGGAACACGAGUGGGACUUUCUUGAUGCGUUCUAUUAUUGUUUUAUCUCCCUAACGACUAUAGGAUUAGGGGACUACAUCCCUGGGGACCAGCUGCAUCAGCAAUAUAGGGCACUUUAUAAAGUAGCCACAACAGGUUACCUACUGGUGGGUCUAGUCAUGAUGAUGCUUCUCCUCACAACAAUAUACGAUAUUCCUGAACUCAAUCUUGGUCUUCAUUUCUACAUGAAGAAAGACGAGGUUGAUGAGGAGAAGGUGCAUUUAAGAUCAGGAGAGGAGCCGGCGUGUAAAUAUACAGAGCAAAUAAACAAAUCUUAUCAGGGAGAUUCUGUCACAACACCGGACUCACCAAAAGUGCAAUCAAAAGAUUAAAGAUGGCGUGCAUGGUGAAAUCUAGCAAGGAUGCGAUGGACAGCGUGUGUUAAGUUUUGUUAUACAGUUUUUAUGUCACCACCACAUCUGGUGACAUAUUGUUCUAGUCUCCAACUUUUUUGUAGACAGUGUUUGGCAGUUGAUGUUUGGUAU